UCUCCACGCCCGAUAUGUCCCACAAUCCUCGAAGGCAGCAUUGGAUUCUGGGCUGGACAGGAAACGACGGAGACGCGCAGCGUGUCUCCUCAUCAGCUCCGGCAGAGAAGAAUGGGAAAGGGAAAAGGCUUGUGUGUGUAGACGAGGCAACGUGUGAAAACAUGAGGACGACGGGCAGUUUUGACUAGUUAGCUUUUUAAAAAAAAUAGAUAAUUACACGUAUCAUAUCAGGAGUUUUCUUCGUCCCCCCCUCUCCCCAACCCCUCCUCCGAGGGCAGGGAUAUUUGCUCCCAUUGGAGAACACAGGGGAGGAGAGGACCCUCUUUGUGAAUCCCAUUUGACUGGGUUAAAAUCACAGAGUGGAGCAUUGGUUUCGUCUGAUCUUUAACCUCAAUAGGAAGGACACAAAGCCACUUCAGAGAUGGAGCAGGUAUCAGAUGAUGAGUUGGACCAUGGAGCGGAGGAGGACAGUGAUAAGGAGGACCAGGACCUGGACAAGAUGUUUGGAGCCUGGCUGGGAGAGUUGGAUAAGCUCACACAGAGUCUGGAUGAUGGCAGGCCGCAGAAAGCAAUGCAGAAGCCUCCUCUCAGACAGGAGACAAACAUGGCCAACUUCUCCUACCGCUUCUCAAUGUAUAACAUAAACGAGGCGUUGAACCAGGGAGACACAGUGGACCUGGAUGCCCUGAUGGCCGACUUGUGCUCAAUCGAACAGGAGCUCAACACCAUUUCCAGACCAAACUCAACGUCUCGUGGCCAGAGCAAAGGCCAGCAGAGGGCCACUGGGGGGCGUAGUGCUAGUACCAAGCACACAGGCACCAGUGGAGGGGGAAGCAGCGGAGGAAGCACCAGUAGCAGUACCCGGGCAUCGCCGGCCAACACAGUACGAGGCGGCAGCAUCAACGCCCGCCCUGCUGCCUCCAACAUCUCCCUGGAUGACAUCACCUCUCAGCUGGAGAAGGCCUCUCUCAGCAUGGAUGAAGCGGCUCGUCAGACCUCCUCCUCCUCCUCCUCGUCCUCUUCUUCAUUCUCCUCUACCACACUCCGGCGGCCCUCGUCGGGGUCGUCUGGAAGCGGGCAGCACCGCAGGACAGGCUCAGUGGGCGCGGUGAGCGAGCAGGAAGCUCCUUCCCAGCGGUCCAGUGUAAAUUCAGCGUGUGCCUCGGCGUCCAGCAUGGACUCCCUGGACAUUGAUAAAGUGAUGACGGGAGGAGAUGUGGAGGGCCAGAGCAGCCCAAGCACACAAGGACAAAACCAGACCAACACUGAGCAUGUUACACUGCGACGGGCCAAUGGUAAGCCAGCCAGACGGCAGCUUGACUUCACCUCACAAGAGGAUGAAGUGGAUCGGGCCACUCACUCCUAUCUGGACCGAGAAACCUCACUCAUUCUGAAAAGCAUAGCUGGAAAGCCUUCUCACCUCCUGACCAAGGAGGAGCAAGCUGCCAAAUUGAAGGCAGAGAAGAUCCGAGUCGCCCUGGAAAAAAUCAAGGAGGCACAGGUCAAAAAGCUGGUGAUCAGGGUCCACAUGUCAGAUGAGAGCUCCAAGACCAUGAUGGUGGAUGAGCGGCAGACAGUCAGGCAGGUGCUGGACAGUCUGCUGGACAAGUCACACUGUGGCUACAGCCCUGACUGGUCGCUUGUGGAAACCAUCACUGAGCUACAGAUGGAACGUAUAUUUGAGGAUCACGAGAACUUGGUGGAGAAUCUGUUAAACUGGACCCGGGACAGCCACAACAAGCUUAUGUUCAUUGAGCGCAUUGAGAAAUACGCUCUUUUCAAGAACCCUCAGAACUAUUUGUUGGGGCGGAAGGAGACAUCAGAAAUGGCUGACAGGAAUAAAGAGGCUUUAUUAGAGGAGUGCUUCUGUGGCGGCUCGGUUUCUGUGCCAGAGAUUGAGGGUGUCCUGUGGCUUAAGGAGGAUGGGAAGAAGUCGUGGAAGAAGCGUUACUUCCUCCUCAGGGCAUCGGGGAUCUACUAUGUCCCAAAGGGCAAAGCCAAGGCGUCCAGAGAUCUCGUGUGCUUCCUGCAGUUGGACCAUGUUAACGUGUAUUACGGCCAAGACUACCGCAGCAAAUACAAGGCUCCUACUGACUACUGCCUGGCCCUGAAGCAUCCACAAAUCCAGAAGAAGUCACAGUACAUCAAGUAUCUGUGCUGUGAUGAUGUCAGGACCCUGCACCAAUGGGUGAAUGGAAUUCGAAUCGCCAAGUAUGGAAAGCAGCUAUAUGUGAACUACCAGGAAGCCAUGAAGAGGACAGAGGCAGCCUAUGAUUGGUCCUCCCUCUCUACUUCCAGCAUCCGAUCAGGCUCCAGCUCUGCCAGCAUACCUGAGUCCCAGUCUAAUCAUUCAGGCCAUUCAGACAGUGGUGUAGACACAGGCUCCUCUCAUGGCCGGUCCCAGAGUGUGGUGAGCUCCAUUUUCUCUGAGGCCUGGAAGAGAGGUACCCAGAUUGAGGAAAACUCCAAGAUGAGAAUGGAGGCAUCCAGAGGGGGCACCCUGCCGCAUGCUUCCCACAGUCACCGGCACCACAGCCAGCAUUCAGUCGACCACCCAGCCCUGACGCCCCCUCCUCAGUCCCAGCCCCAGCCCCAGCCCCAGCCUCAGCCUCAGUCCCAACAACAGCACCCACCGCAGCCUCAGCCCCAACAACAGCACCCACCACAGCCUCAGCACCCAUCAGUGCACCCCCAGACACCGACCCAGCCACAACACCAGCACCUUCCUCCCCAGCCUCAGUCUCCUCAACAGGCCCUGCUGCCACCACCCCAGUCGCCUCAGCGCCCUCAGCAGCCGCCACAGUCUCCACAGCAACAGCAACAGCCACAGCCACAGACCAUCAGCAGCUACAACCACACGCCCCCACAGGAGCAACAGCCAGCUCCUCCAGCCCCUCCUCCUCCGCCGCCGCCGCCUCCUCCCCCUCCACCACCCCCAGUUCAAAUGGUGUCACAUCACUCACCGGCUCCCACCAUGUACAAAUACAGCACGAUCACCAGGCUGCAGAACCAGAAGGCCUCCCAGGCUGCCAAUCACCACAAGUUGCCCAGUCACCUCCAUGCAACAGCACAGCAAGUUCUACCCCCAGCCCCGACACCACCCAUAGCUCAGGUGUCCAUCAGACCCAAUGUCAAUCACAUUGCGGCAAGGACUAAUGUCCCGCCUCCCCCUCCACCUCCUCCUCCCCCUCCACCAUCCAUGCCAACCCCUGGGUCUGCCAUGGCUGUGUUGAAGCUGGGCCCCCCCAGCCCAGCCACCCCACCUGCCUUCAUUCCUCCGCCCCCAGCACCUCCACCUGCUCCACAGACCAAUGGAAUAGCAUUUCCCCCCCCUCCUCCCCUCCCUCAACCCCCGGCUGCACCAGCUCCCAUGAGCCAGCCUGUUUACCCCAACGGGCUGAAGCAGGCACUGAAGGAUAGGUUUCCCAGCCCACCACGGGACCUCCUGUCUGCAAAUGGAGACCUUGAGGAUUCUCCACCACCUGCCCCUGCUCCACCACCCCCACCUCCGCCACCCCCACCACCGCCGCCACCUCCUCCUCCUCCCCAGCAGUUCCCAGUGCCAGCUCAGUUUCCACCCCCUCCUGUGCCACCACCAGCGCCACCCAAAACCUUCACCCCAGGUUUUGUGCCUCAUUCUGCCUCCAAGCCCGUGUCACCUGUCUCACCGUUCCCUCCUGCCCCACCUCCUGCUGCCUUAGGGGGCCCGACCCCGCCACCACCUCCUCCCCCACCUCCACCCGCACCUUUCAAGAAGCAGUUCAGCCUCCAGGCCGGCUACACCUCCAGCCAUCCCCCUCCGACUCUGCCCAAACAGCACAGCCUGUCUAAACCAACACCCAUUUCCACAGGAGCCCCUCCUACCAUGUCUUUGGUGAAACAACUAGCAAGUCAGUUUCCAGGAGCUUCAGCCCAAGUAGCAAAUCACACAGAGAUCCCCAAAGCCCCCCUCUCCCCACCUGCAGUCAAGACGAAACCAAAAUGGCAGCCUGGGGGCGGCCAGCAGCUACAGUCUCCAGAGUUCCCUCCUCCUCCAGGCAGCAACGUUGGCUUCCCUGCCCCUCCUCCUCCUCCACCGCCUCCCCCAGCACCUGUCACAGGCCCAACUCCACCCCCCCCUCCCCUCCCUCCUGGAAACCUGGGCUCUCCCAUGAAGAGGUCACCCUCUGGCUCCUCCAAUUUUGGAGGCAAGAAACCCCCUCCUGCCCCCCAGAGGAACUCCAGCGUCAAGUCCGAUUCCUCAGCCUCCUAUGAGGAAUCCAGGAGGAACUUGCUCAGCAAGUUUGCUCCCCAGAGCAACACCCCUCCUUCCUCCCCAUAUCCCAGCACCUCCUCUACUGGAUCCCCUUCCAAGGACCACUCAGCUGGACCCCCUGCUCCCCCGAAACCAGGCAAGCUCAACCUGGCCAACCUGCCCUUGGCACUCCAGGCCAAAGUGAGCCAGGCGAAGCAGUCCAGUGGCGACUUCCCUUCCCCACCACCUGAGUGCGCCUACUUCCCACCUCCUCCCCCGGCCUCUGAGCUCUUCCCCCCUCCUCCGCCUCCUAGCAGUGACACCCAUAGCGGAGGACCUCCUAGGGUAGCUGUGGUCAAUCCCCAGCCCCAGGCUCCCCCUCCUCCACCGCCUGUCUCCCUUGUCAGCAACUCAACAUGGGGAAAGAGCUCACUGAAAAAGACUCCCCCACCCACGCUCGUGCGACGUAGUAACACCACCACUGAGCCCCCUCCACUCUCGCCACCUCCACCCACCUCCCCAAAGGGCAGCUCAGGCCAGCCCAAUUUCCUGGAGGAUCUCAACCGGACACUGAAGCGAAAGUCAGUGGGUCGCCAGGGUUCUCUCAACUCUGCUGGCCUCUCGGGCAAGUUGGACCCUGUGGGGACCAUGGACGACAUGGCGCUGCCUCCGCCACCCCCUGAGCUGCUCCUGGACCCAGGAAAGCAAAGCAAUGGAGGAAACGGUGGCUACUUGUCCGGUAACAUCUCAGGCUAUGCAACACUACGACGAGGACCCCCACCUGCACCACCCAAACGGGGGGACGCCACCAAACUUACUGGAGAGUGCUGAAUUUGGAGAUCAUGACGCAAUGAAGAUGGAUGAAUAGACAAUGAAAGAAUAUAUGGAAGUGAACAUUCAUUCGUGAACUGGGAGUGAAUUUCUGGAUUCCUUUUGUCCUCUUGGGAUCACAGUGAUAAAUAGGUGACUGUGUAUAUACCAAAACCCAAACCAGACCGUGGUCAAUUAGUGUUCGCUAAAUAUUGCUUUUUUUUUUUCUUUUUUUUUUAACAUGCAUGGCAGUCUGGAUCAGUGGGGUUUACAAUAUUGGGGCGAUUAAGACUGGAGCAGGUAGGUUUGAGAUCAGAGAAAAGUAAGAUGGUCUUAAUUUUCUGUGAUUGUCUAAACUCUCUGGAACAUAUUGUAUUGCCCCGUAUGGUAAGCGCCACCCAUCCAGUACACCAAGCACAUUUAAAUAAACACUAAUAAGAACUGUGCAAAUGUUACUGGAUCCACGUCUGAGCCAAACCAUGUAUCCGCUUCUUUGCCAUAAGUUUGUGCCACGUACUGGAGACAAAAAAAGGAAGGAAAACCACGUCAGGAUCUUACUGCUUUGGUACUGCAUGGACCUCAUGUAACAACAAGCUGUAAAACAUGAAGCUGUUCUGGUGUGUGUGCAUGUGUGAGAGAGAGAAACUGAUGCUAAAUGUGCAUACAUGCAUUGUGUGCAUGCAUGUAUGUAUCAUUAUAUGGUGGCGAAGUAGUUGACCGUUAGGGAAGGCCUUUGUGGAGCGGUUUGCUUUUAUAUGAAAUAAUUUAAUGACUGAUAAAUGGAAGGAUUUUUUUUUUUUUUACAAGUCUGUCUUUUAAUAGCUGGUCAUCAAAGACUAGAGAGGAACACAACGAUAGGGCACAAUGGAAUGUAUAUGUAAGGCGUAUUUAAAACAUUAUGAAUAACUCACUUUAAAACAAGGAUUCAGUAAGGUAAAACUUUCAAAUCUGUUGUCCCAAACAUUUCUACACUGUUUCACCACUUGGCAAAUGCAAAUCAGAAGGAAGCCUUAUUCUGAAAGUCUUGCACAGAGGUCAAAGCAGAAAGGAGAUUUCUUCCAAACGGCUCAGCAGAGUCUGGACUGUGCAACUGGAGAAAAACUAUACUUUUAAUUUAAUGCAAACUUUUAAUGGACCUCUGUAAACGGAGAGGAAGGCCUGUGCUGGUGUAUCUUCGUGGACUGUGUGAGUUCCCUGUGCGUUGGCUUGAUUUUGGACCUUAUCCUUCAGUUUGUAUCUGUACAGUUGCCGCUGCUACUCCGUCACUGUUGGUCCCCGCCGCCUUCUUAAAUCACGUGGCAUCGCAAUCCAGGAAGUUGAAAGAACAGAUUGGAUUCAGCCAUGUGAACUGUACUCAUCUUGUCCACACGAGGUGACCGCGUUGAAAUAGAUACAUUUGUCUGGUCAAUGUACAGAGCAUUAAAACGUGUAGUCAAUAACAGAAAUCAUCUGAGUGGCAUUAGACUGAAUGUUGCUUUCAUCUUUGGGCGUUGAUCGUAUCUUGUUUCAUCCAUGGUGCCAUUAUUUCUUCAGCCCUUAGUGCGCAGGAACUAAGGUUAUCUAUUUUGUAUCUACAGCGUGGAUCAUGAGGGGUUUCAGUUUCUGGCUGCAAUGCCUUUAUUUUUAGGGUGCUCGCGCUGUCCUUCAAGUAAAUCAUUCUCAAUAUGUCCAUGUGUGCCAGGACGACAUAUCAAUAAAACUUCACACCGUUUAAACUGGUUUUAAAUUGGCUUUGGUGUGGAAAUGUGUGCUGUGGAAAUGGUUUUACAUGAUAGAGUUCAGAGGCGAUCAUUAUAUCCAUGGUCGAUUCCAAAUGAGGCUUGUUAAACAUGCUAUUCUUUUGUCCUACUCCACCACAGUUGUGUGAUUGCCACUUGAAGGCAGUGUACCAUGUCUUAUAACUGAAUAUCAUCAUCCUUAACAGGAUUGUUUGCUACAGUACAGUAUGUAAGUUAUUGAUGUGCUGAUGUGAACAUGUGGGGCCAAAUGAAAUGAAGAAAAAUGGUUGCAGAUGGAGUAAACGUGUCCUCUUGCAUAUAAACUGAAAAUCACAAUAUAAAUGUUCAAACCAGACCUCCA